AUCAUUACCGGCUGCCUGGACCACUGUAAACGCGGCGGGAACAACUCCGUCAACGUCGUCGCAAGCAGCAACCCAUGUUUAAUGGGGCAAUUGAAUUCCCCAUUGACCACCUCACCCCCCUUGGUCCAUGAAUUAAUGCCCCAUAAUUCAUGGAGUUUUCGGUAAUUCCACUCCCAUUUAAUUAAAUUGCAGGUUUUAUUUCUUCUCUUCCUCAGUUCAGUUGAAACGGCGAGUGGAAACCAAGCUUCUGUUCGCUAUGAAAUAUCGAUUGUGAUUGGGCCAUUUAGUACUGCUGUUCAUUAUGGAUUCUAAGAGGAGUUGGUUUAAGGUAUUCCAUCAGAAGACUGAUAAAGAAAAAAACAGCCCCUUGAAAAAGAAAGAAACAGAAAAUGCAAAGCAUAUUCAAAAGGCUCCAGUUGAUCCGACAGCCACACCUUCAAAUGCCACAAAACAGAAGGUAGCUGCAGCAAAGGAAUAUAUUGAGAAUCACUACAAAGCUCAAAUGAAGAGUUUGCAAGAAAGAAAGGAGAGGCGUUGGGUCUUAGAGAGGAAGCUUGCAGACGCCAAUGUUACAGAACAAGAGCAAAUGAAUAUACUGAAAUCUUUAGAGAACAAGGAGAGAGAAUAUAUGCGUCUCCAAAGACGCAAAAUGAGUGUGGAUGACUUUGAACUUCUUACUAUUAUAGGACGAGGUGCAUUUGGAGAGGUAAGACUAUGCAGGGAAAAAGCUACUGGCAAUGUGUAUGCAAUGAAAAAGCUAAAGAAAUCUGAGAUGCUUCGCAGAGGCCAGGUGGAACAUGUUAGGGCAGAAAGGAAUCUUCUUGCUGAAGUUGGCAGUGAUUGCAUUGUCAAGCUGUACUGCUCCUUUCAAGAUGAUGAAUAUUUGUAUCUUGUGAUGGAAUACCUUCCUGGGGGUGACAUGAUGACAUUACUGAUGCGGAAGGACAUCUUAACCGAGGAUGAGGCUAGGUUUUACAUUGGACAGGCGGUUCUUGCUAUUGAAUCCAUUCACAAGCAUAAUUACAUUCACAGGGAUAUCAAGCCUGAUAAUUUGUUGCUGGACUGUAAUGGCCAUAUGAAGCUCUCAGAUUUUGGAUUGUGUAAGCCACUUGAUUCCAGUAACUUUCCAGAUCUUAGAGAAGAUGACUCUGGAGUCGGAAUAAAUUAUAAGCCUUCAUUGGACAGCAAUAAGUGUUCUUACUCACCUUCUUCACAAAGAACACAGCAGGAACAGCUAUUACACUGGCAAAAGAACAGGAGACUAUUGGCUUAUUCAACAGUUGGUACGCCAGACUACAUUGCGCCUGAAGUAUUGUUGAAGAGGGGAUAUGGAUUGGAAUGUGAUUGGUGGUCUCUUGGCGCAAUCAUGUUUGAGAUGCUUGUGGGAUAUCCACCUUUCUAUUCUGAGGAACCCUUGUCAACAUGUAGAAAGAUUGUAAACUGGAGAACUAAUUUGAAAUUCCCUGAAGAAGCAAAGUGCUCUGUUGAAGCUGAAGAUCUCAUUCGUAAACUCCUUUGUAAUGUUGAUCAGAGACUUGGGACCAAAGGAGCUCAUGAAAUUAAAGCACACCCAUGGUUCAAGGGCAUUGAAUGGGAUAGAUUAUAUCAGAUGGAAGCUGCUUUUAUACCUGAGGUUAAUGAUGAGUUAGACACACAGAACUUCGAAAAUUUUGAAGAGUUGGGGGAUUCCAUGCAAACUGCAUCAAAAUCAGGUCCAUGGAAAAAGAUGCUUCGAUCCAAGGAUGCGAAUUUUGUUGGCUAUACAUACAAGAAUUAUGAAAUUGUCAACGAGCAUCAUAUCUCUGGCAUUGCUGAGUUGAAGAAAAAGACUAAAGCCAAAAAACCAUCUCUCAUGUCAUUGUUUGAGACGCCUGAUCGUUCUGACCAGCCAGUCCAAGUAAGCUCUCUCAAUCCCUUGCCUACGCAAUUUGAGGUCUCUGAAAGUCCUGAGCCCCAACAUCAGACUACAAAAUUCUCCCAACGUCUACAAAAGCAUGGGCAAAGAUAAAACUGAAACCGUACGAAGAAACACUGUUGCCAAUUAGUAAUAGAACAUAUCUAAAAUGUGUUUAAAAAUUUAAAUGCAUCUUUGUUUCAUUGUUUCGUAUUAGGCUAUAGCAUGAAUACGUUGAAAAACAGAAUUUGAGUUUUAUUUGUAACAUGUAAAUUGUUGGGUGGUUAAACUGGCUCCUCUUUUGUUUUUGU